AGUGAGCGCCCAGUUCCUCCAGAAGACUGUCGAUAAAUACCCGUGGUUUGUUUCUGCUCUUCCGCUCACUUACCGUAGCUAAACAAUAUCUAGACCUCACGAAGGAGCAAGGACAACAACAACAUCGAGGAGAUAUCUGUUCUUGACCCGAACCGAGCCCGGCCAUGGACGAACAGGCAGGGCCCGGUGUUUUCUUCAACAACAACAAUAACUCGAUUUUAGCCGGUGUGGGGAAGGUACUGCUACCGGAGGGGGAUGCAGGGGAAGCGGACAGGUCUCCGUACAGCAUCCCGGGGAUCCUACACUUCCUGCAACACGAAUGGGCUCGUUUCGAGGUGGACCGGGCUCAAUGGGAGGUAGAUCGGGCCGAAUUGCAGGCUCAGACAGCGUUCCUCCAGGGAGAGAGGAAAGGACAGGAGAACCUGAAGAAGGACCUGGUUAGGAGGAUCAAGAUGCUGGAAUACGUUCUCAAACAGGAGAGGGCCAAGUACCACAAGUUAAAAUAUGGAACAGAGUUGAACCAAGGAGACAUGAAACCUCCCAGCUAUGACUCUGAUGAGGUGAAUGAGAAUGAGGCCCCUGGCUCUCUGAACAACCAGCUGUCCUGGAAACAAGGUCGUCAGCUCCUCAGACAGUAUCUUCAGGAGGUGGGUUACACCGACACCAUCCUGGAUGUGAAGGCUCAGAGGGUGCAAACCCUGCUGGCUAUGGCUGGAGCCGGAGGGGGUCGACCCGGGGAGAGGACCGGGCCAGAGACCCCUCUGGUCAACGGGACAGACACCGUACCUAAAGGCACCGACACUGGAGGAGGGAAGACUGAGGUGUCUGAGUCCAGUGUUGUGCCAGACACCUUCAGGUUCUACUGUGAUGAAGACGAUGAUGAAGAUGGUGCAGGGUUGGAUCGGACUGUCAUGGAACAGACAGGACCUACGGGGACCAUGGUGAGGAAGAAGCCACCAUCGUCAUCAUCACCGGCCCUCAAUAUGGACACUAGUGAGGACCCGGACGCAGAGGACGCACUGAAAGGCUUUGACUUCCUGUCCAGCCCUGACAACAUGGACACAUCGCCUGAGUCCCGCAGCGCUGGGGACGGGACGGACUGGGAGAAGGAGGAGCAGUCUGCUAUGUCAGAGGCCUGGGACGUGGACCAGGGUUUGAUAACCAAACUCAAGGAGGAGUACAGGAAGGAGCGCAAGGGGAAGAAGGGGGGAAAGAGACCUAACCGGUCUAAGCUCCAGGACAUGCUGGCCAACCUGAGGGACCAAGAGGACAUGAGUCCCAGAGAACCCUCCUCUUCACCCCAGGCCCGCUCCAACGCACCCAGGCUCAACGAGCAGCACCAGGACAACCGCUUGGACGAAGUGGAGGUGCUGACCUUCCCUCCUUCCUCAGGAACGUCCUUCAUAAUGGGUCCUGAUGAGAACAUGGAGGCUGAACUGGGACUUGGGGAGCUGGCUGGUCUUACCGUCGCCAACGAGGCUGAUAGCUUGGCGUACGACAUGUCCAACAACAAGGAUGCCCUGAGGAGGACGUGGAACCCUAAGUUGACCCUGCGGAGCCACUUUGACGGGGUCCGAGGUCUGGCCUUCCACCCCAUAGAACCGGUUCUGGUCACCGCCUCAGAGGACCACACGCUGAAGAUGUGGAACCUGCAGAAGACUGCCCCCGCCAAGAAGAAUGCCUCUGUAGAUGUGGAACCCAUGUACACGUUCAGGGCCCACCAGGGUCCAGUGCUGUGUGUUGUGAUGAGCAGUACAGGAGAGCAGUGUUUCAGUGGAGGGCUGGACGGCACCAUUCAGAGCUGGAACACACCGAACCCUAACCUAGACCCAUACGAUUCAUACGAGCCGUCUGUCCUGCGUGGGGCGCUGUGCGGUCAUACUGACUCGGUGUGGGGUCUGGUGUACAGUGGUGUUCAUCGGAGACUCCUGUCUUGCUCUGGAGACGGCACCGUCAAACUGUGGGACGCCUCCGAUACCAAGCCUGCCCUGGUCACCUUCCAAAAUAAAGGUACACACAGACAGGCUCUGGGACGCCUCCAACACCAACCCAGCACACUGUCAUUUUCCCCCUGUUCAUUUUCUUGGGUCGGCCUGUUCAACAUGGAGACACAGCAACUAGUGCUCAGCCUGGAGUCUGCUGCAGAGACUGGUACCCGCUGUCAGAUCAACAAGGUGCUGAGUCACCCCACCCUCCCCAUCACCAUCACCGCUGAAGAGGACAGACACAUCAAGUUCUUCGACAACAACACAGGAAAGCUGAUCCACUCAAUGGUGGCCCACCUGGAUGCUGUUACCAGUCUAGCUGUCGACCCCAAUGGUCUCUAUCUGAUGUCUGGCAGUCAUGACUGUUCUAUUCGUCUGUGGAACCUGGAGACUAAGACGUGUAUCCAGGAGUUUACAGCUCACAGGAAGAAGAAUGAUGAGUCUAUCCAUGACGUGGCCUUCCACCCCUCUAAGGCCUACAUCGCCUCCGCCGGGGCAGACGCUCUUGCCAAGGUGUUUGUAUGACGAGGACCAAUCAGCCCACCGACACGGCCUCCCAGCACCAGGGAUCAAUAGAGACACAGGAGGGGCGGGACCUUAAGAAACGAGCGUGUGAGGUUCCACGCAGACUUCCCCUCAUAUCACCUCUCACACUACUGGUUCCCUGUUUUGACUGGUGGAUGAUGCAGCCAAUAGCCACUUCUAAGCCCCAGGCUAGGCCCGCCUCCAGAGGGAUAGGGCCAGGGCUGUGGUUGGCUCAGAGGUCUGUUAGGGGAACUGCGAUUGGGCACACGGCUUCCUCAUCCCUGUGCAAUCCAGGCAGGCCCUUGGGUAUGACCGGCCACAAAGACCCUCUUUCUCGAAUCCGGGGCCAAUGAACACCCACACAGACUGAUACUAUUGUCUUCAGACUAACCUUAUGGUCUGUCUUCCCUUCACAGCUAGCGAGGGCGUUGAAGACAGACAGGUGUUUUAUAGUGUAGACUCACUAGAGAGGUGGAGCACCAUGCCCUACCCCCUCCUCAUGUCGUCAUGCCCAUUAACCAGAACCCCAAGCCCCCCCCAUUUCCCCAAUCUCUAGGCCCAGACUUCUCCCUUCAGAUCAGGCCGUCUGCUCCCUGGUCCCUCCUUCUCCUCCAAGUCACUUUCAGUGUUGUGUUGGAGAUGCUGGCUGGCUGUCUUAAAUGGAAGCAUCUCACUUUUCCUGACUCUGUCUCCCCGGGCUGACUCUGUCUCCCCGGGCUGACUCUGUCUCCCCGGGCUGACUCUGUCUCCCCGGGCUGACUCUGUCUCCCCGGGCUGACCCUGUCUCCCCGGGCUGACCCUGUCUCCCCGGGCUGACCCUGUCUCCCCGGGCUGACCCUGUCUCCCCGGGCUGACCCUGUCUCCCCGGGCUGACCCUGUCUCCCCGGGCUGACCCUGUCUCCCCGGGCUGACCCUGUCUCCCCGGGCUGACCCACCCACCAGCCAGCCAGUUUCUCUCUCUGCUUUCCUUUUAAAAAUACUUAUUAAAAAAUGUGCCUUUUGCUUUAAAAAAAAAAAAGUCUUGAAACAAAAGUUAUUUUACAGAGCAUGUGUUUUUGCAGGGGGGCAGACAGCGUUGAUAGGGAAAGGUUGUCACGAUGGUGUCCAUUUUAACAAAAAAUAUUGGAUGUAGAAUUACAAAUACGUAUAAUAAACUAAAUAUAUAUUAAGUCUUAAAACUGA